CCUCCCUCUCUCUCUCUCUAACCCCCUUUCUUUCUCUCUCUAAUCUCUGUACUGCGUUUCUCUCUCUCUCUUAUAGCUGAGGAAUUUGGGUUCCCGAAGAAAAUGGUGGCAGUAGUCACUGUUAGCAUCUCAGGUGCGGUUGUUUCUCCCCCUAAAGAACCUACUUCUCUGCAAAAUUCUCUCUCUACAAGGAAACCCAGCUCGCCAUUUCUUGGUGGGGAGCUUAGGGCCACCAAGUAUAAGAGAGUGAAAGGUAUAAAAGAGAGUAGAGAUUUGUUCAACGUUCAGGCUUUUGCUUCCUUGACUGAUAGUAACAGCAAGAAGAAGGGUAGAUUUUACCUCAACUUCACUGGGUUUCCCUUUCCUUUGGGUCCCUUCCUUAAUCGCCGAACCUUCCGGUAUGAGGUUGUGAGAGGAAGCAUAUGGGCAUUCGAGCAACAGCAAGCCUUGGGUUUCAGCAGCAUCACUACAAACAUCAGGAUGACUGUCAUCAAGCUCAAGUCUGGAGGACUAUGGAUCCAUGCACCUAUUGCUCCUACUGAAGAAUGCAUCCAGCUCGUGAAGGAAUUGGAUGCUCCAGUAGAAUACAUUGUUCUGCCCACUUUUGCAUAUGAACACAAAAUCUUUGUCGGGCCCUUCUCAAGAAAGUUCCCAAGAGCAAAAGUCUAUGUUGCACAGAGGCAGUGGAGUUGGCCGGUCAAUUUGCCCCUUGAAUUCUUUGGUAUUUUCAGAUCCAAAUCCAUAAGAGACGAAGACACAUCUAUCCCAUGGUUUGAUGAGAUUGAGCACAAGGUUCUAAGCUUACCUGAAAUUGGAAUUGGGCCAUAUGUAGAGGUGGCUUUUUACCAUAAACGUUCUCAGACACUACUGGUAACAGAUGCUGUAAUCUUUGUACCAAGGCAGCCUCCUGAAUGCAUAAGCAAAGAGUCUCUCUUAGCAGCGGCAAAGAAUGGCUUAGCAGUGAAAAUUCUUAGUGGUGGCCAGGAAGUUCCUGAGGAACCAGUUGUAGAUAACAAGUUUAAUCGCCAAAAAGGAUGGGAGAGAAUGGUUCUCCAAAUACUGUUCUUAGGGCCUUCAAAUCUUUUGGAACCUAAUGCCAGUUUUGCUCAGAUGUCACAGAAGCUCAUUGUUUCUCCCAUUGUCAAGACAUUGGUAUUUAGUAAAGUUCCUGAAAAGAUGUUACAGGAGCUGAUUGUUUGUCCAAUUGUCAAGGCAUGGGUAUUCAGCAAAGUCUCUCUCUCUCACACACACAGACACACACCAUGGGUUUGGGAUUGGAUUGAUUACAUAGCGAAGAACUGGAGAUUUAAGAGGAUAAUACCAGCCCAUUUCACAGCUCCUGUGGCUGCAACCAGGUCAGAUUUCCUCACUGCCUUUGGUUUCUUAGACGAGCUCUUGGGUGAGCCCUAUGUAUCAAGACCCUCUCUUUCCCUACUCUUCACCUCUCUCAUGGGCAAGGCAGCAAGUUACUUCCCCCCGGAUGACAUGAAAACCCUCUCUUCUCUUGACGAAUUCCUGGUCUCAGUUGGGGCUGUUAAGAAGACUGUCUCUGGUAGAAAACCAGCGGGGAAGGUCGCAAUUCUCAAAUAGGGAUCACCCACAAAUCUCAAUCAAUACUUAAAAUGUAAAUAUCAUAUUUAGUGAAUGCUGGUAAAUCUCUCUCUCUCUCUCUGAGAGUGACCAUCUGUGGCCUUUUGUGUGAUUUCUCUCACAAAUGAUCGACAAGGAAACAUGGUAGAUUAGAAAAGGGAAACACAACAAUAAAUGACCAAAUUUGCAGAUCUGUUACAAAUGUAAUGUUCCUUUCAACAAUAAAAACAAACAAAAUCAUGAGA